AUGGACACCAUGCACUCCUCCCUGUUCCCGGGUUCGGUGGCACAGGCCCAAGAGCAAGGUGUGUACCAAAUCACCGCUCCGCACGGCCAAGAGGCGGCAUACUUGGCCAUGAGGGCCGAAGAUCGUCCAGCGGGACAAUCGGUUGCCGCCGUUGGCCGCUCCCUGCCUUCGGUGCCGUUGUUCCAGGCCCGUGUCCCCCAAGGCCAGACGAUCCCUUACCUGCUCUCGACCGAGUGCCAGUGCCGGGGUUUCAACCCCGAGUGGCGCGUUCACCAGGGUGUCGACCAGGUCUCCUGCGACAUCGUACUCAACUGGGUAGCUGGGAAACGCUCCCACACUAUCAAAGCCGCUGGCCGACACUUCCCCUCUGAGCGGGAAGCCAAAGAGGCCAUGGGGGCUGAAGCCCUUGCCGUGGUCCGUUCGUGGCCUACUUCGGCGCCUGGUGUGCCGGCUCGUGCGCCGGCUCGGGAGAAAAGCCGUGUUACUACUCGGAGCGAGCAACACCGGCAGAAGAAGAAGAAGCUGCUGCAGCAGCCGCAGAAGGGAGAGGAGCAACAGGCUCCCGCCAACUUCACCGCCCUCUCGUCUUCUGCUCGGGAGCUUUCCAAGACGGCCCAGGUCCUGGCCCAGCGGGUCCAAGACCUCGAGGCCCAGCUGGCUGCCGUUUCGACUCCGCAGCAGCAGGGGGUCCGGACUCGCUCCCAGUCGCCUCCUAUGAGCCGUCGCUAUGAGAACGACCCCGGCCAUGGCUUGUACCGGGCCCGCUCACCCUUGCGUGCGACUCCUCGCGGCACUGAGUCUGACUCAGGCCGCCAUAGCUACCGUGAGACCACCAACAACAACAAUAACCGCAGGCGUAAAAAGAACAACAACCCCGACCGCCACUACUCUCCGGGUCCCGGUCCUUUCGACCCGCGACUUGACCAUGGCCGUCUUAGCCCCCCGCCUGGUCUGGAACGCCUGGUUCCGCGUUCGCAGGCACGGGAGGUUACUAUGCGCGAUUGGGAGACCGAGCAGGGUCGCCUGUCUGGCUACCCUCAGCACCGUGCCCAUGGUGGCGCCCAGAACCUGGCUGCUGACAGCGCCAUGGUUCAGAGAUGGGAGCAUGAUCGGUACAUCAAGAAGGAGGAGAAGUAG